AUGGAGAUUUCGGAGGCCAGCAUUGGCAUAUUCUAUGUGAGCAAAGUGUUAGCCUUAGCGCCGUACUCUGCUCAUAAGAACUCCAAGGGUCAACUGGAGAUACGUCGUAGUUGGACGUUCACAAUUUAUUCCGCCUGCCUAUGCAUUAUUAUGAUUAUUCUAACAUAUCGUGGACUUUUAUUUGAUGCCAAUUCGAAGUCCCCAGUGCGAAUGAAAUCGUCCACAUCUAAAGUGGUGACUGCCUCUGAUGUAUCUGUGGUGGUGCUGGCCAUUGCAACGGGAGUUUACUGUGGUCUCUUUGGUCUGCGAGCGACACAGGAAUUAAACUUCAGAUUACACAAGAUUGACAAUACCUUGAAUGCCUACAAUACAUUUAAGAGAGAUCGCUGGCGUGCAUUGGGCUUAGCUAGCAUAUCCUUGCUGGUGAUUGGCUCGCUAUUGGGCUUGGAUGUAUGGACAUGGGUGCGCAUGGCACAAAGAAUGAAUUCGGACACGGAGCUCAAUGUGCAAUGGUAUAUACCCUUCUAUAGUCUAUACUUUAUACUUACGGGUCUACAAAUAAAUUUUGCAAAUACGGCAUAUGGCAUAGGCAGACGCUAUGGCAGAUUAAAUUUAAUGUUAAAGAUGAGCUAUCUGAGUGAUAACAACAAAAGCUUUGACUAUAGCAGCAAACCUGCAAAGGUGAAUGCAGUUAAGAGCAUUAGCUUUAAUCCUACACAGCCUUUGGCCCUGCAUGCCAGUCUAACCAAGUUGAAUAGCGAGCUAGUUAACAAUGAUAGCACAGGUAUGUUUCAUUUAUACAUUACAUUAGAUUUGAUUAUAUUAAUGCUUGCAGCCAAAAAUAAAUCCUUGCUGCUUAGAGCUUUAGCUGAGAGUCACGAUUCGCUGGGCAAGUGUGUGCGCCUGCUCUCCAGUUCCUAUGGCAUUGCUGUACUCUUCAUACUCGUCUCUUGUCUGUUGCAUUUGGUGGCCACGGCCUAUUUUCUGUUUCUUGAAAUGCUGGAGCAGCGUGAUCAUGGCUAUGUCUGGGUGCAAAUGCUGUGGAUUAUCUUUCAUAUACUGCGGCUGCUCAUGAUUGUCGAGCCUUGUCACUUGAGUGCGCGUGAGUCCCGCAAAACUAUACAAAUUGUUUGUGAAAUCGAGCGCAAGGUCUUUGAGCCCAUUUUGGUGGAGGAGAUUAAGAAAUUCUGGCAGCAGUUACUUGUCGUGGAUGCAGAGUUCUCCGCCAGCGGCUUGUGUCGUGUUAAUCGCACCAUAUUAACAUCGUUUGCUUCAGCUAUAGCUACCUAUUUGGUCAUACUUAUACAAUUCCAAAGAACAAACGGCUAA